UAUUGUAAUGAACAAAAUGGGUCAUCAGAGCCUUUUUUAGUUGCUGAUAAGUUUAUGCAGGAGAUUGAAACGAUAACAACUAAUUAUAGUGAACCGGUACUUAAUAAAGCAUUAGAUAAUCAUUCUAAAUCGCAACAGCUCAUUAAAUUAUUGGAAGAAUUCAUUGAAGAAGCGGAUAAUAAUAAUCUAUCUGAUUCUAAAGAAAGCUCGCAAGGUGACAGUAUUAGUGAUAAAGAAAACUAUGACCCCGCAACAGAAAUUCAAGUACGAAACCCAAAGAAAUGUAAAGGUAAAGGUCGGCCACCAGGAACUAAAAGAUUUAAGUCUUCUCAUAAAAGCUCUAAAUCUGUAAUGAAAAAUCAACGUCGAUGCAAGAAGUGCGGAAAUGCUGGACAUUAUCAGAAAAAUUGUAAAGCAGAAAAAUAG